AUGAGUCAAAGUUUGGAUGAACUCGAAGCGAAGCGUUCGCCGCGUCUUUCACGCCGGGGCUGCACUGCUCGCCUGCCUUAUACACGUAUUCUGAUCAUAUCCCUGCUGGUCAUAGCGACACUACUCAUCUCACUCAUCUAUUAUGGCAUUGUGCUGGAGCGCAUGGAUCGCUUGCGUCAAAUAAUGUCGCUCAAUGAGAAACACGCGCGUCAUGUGCAACCCAUUGAUGAGAAGGCGAUCGUAAUAGGGCCGCAAUUGGAACCUUUUCGUACACCGCUGAGGAAAGCUGAUUCCGAGCCGAUUGCAACCAAGAGCGAGGAGCAGCUAUUGCGCUUAAAGCAUUUGCGCUUCAAGUUUCGGCUGAAGCGCUUGAAGCUUCGAUCGCGACGCAGUCUGCAGUCUUUAGAUUUGCUGGAUCCCAUCCAGCUGGAGGCCAACAUGCAGCAGCUGUAUACUAGGAUGCGCAACAAGCGAGCCCGGGCAGUGUUGAGUCAGCUUGAAACGGAGUAUGUGAGGUGCAAGAAGCAGACGCCAGAGCAUUGCAUGUCGGCUUUCAUGCGCAUGUACCAGAUGGCCAAGGAGGUAACCGAAAAGGUGGACAAGAUGAAGGAAAUCAUUCGGGAUCAUCUGGACUCACACAGUGUUGAGUCGCACGAGUUUGAGCCAUAUGCUCCGGCCAAGGCGACGACGAACGCAACAGUCGAUCAACUGCAGGAGGCGACGACUCCGCUCACAAACAGCAGCGCAGCUGGCGAUGGAGACAACGAGGAGACGACGACAGUGAAGCCCAAUAGGGUCAAGAUAAAGCCAGCGCAGAUCAGCUGGAUUAUCGAUGGACCCGGGCACGAUGAGCAGGAGGCGUAUGUGGAGAAUACGCCCAGAGCUAUGUUGGACCUGAGCAACGGAACGACAACCACUUUCGCUACAACAACAAUGGAGAGCACCUUACCUACGACAAUGAUGGACAUGGAAGCAACAACAACAACACCUACUGGUAAUAACAGCUUCACUAGGGUUUCUCCAUCUCCGAUAGCUUCGACAACAGCCUUAGAUAAAACCACCUCCAGCCACAGCAGCUCCUUAACUAGCACCACCAGCCAUCCUUUGUCAAUUCUAACCACUGAAGGACCCGAAUCGGACAACAUAACAGAUCAAAUCACUUGGAUCUUGGAUCGUUUCGAUAAGCCCAAGGAGAUUGUGCACACCACAGAGCGAACAAUGGAUAAAACCACCAUAGAAACCACUAUACCACCUAGCAUCGAACAUGACUCAGUGCCAUUGCACUCCGAUAACCAUAUGAAAGAGCAAACUACCAGAAAGCCGACGACAGAUGCACCUGCACCACUCGCAACCACUGCCAGAGGACUGAAUGAGACAACAACACACAAGAGCAUAGCAGAUCAAGAGGUGGAGAGUACAAUACACACGAGCACCACUCCCACAACCACCGUAAUACCCACUACAACACUCCAUACAACCACAACGACCGUAGCUACAGAUGGUGCCAACCACACGGCCUUUCCGACUAAGCCCAAGCCAAUCAAAAUCAGUUGGAUAAUUGACGGCUAUGUGAACAGCAAUGAGGAGAGUAGCACAACUCAAGCGCCAACCACUGUAGCCACCACUCGCACGACCACGCCAAUCGCCACUGAGAGUGCAACUGAAGUCGCGUCGUCACCUACAUACCCACCUACAACCAUUGAGAACAUUGGGACUGACACCACCGAACUCACACCCACUGGCAUCACGACUGAGAGCACCAAUCGAACCACCAUCACAGCUACCACUGAAGCUGAAAGUGUGCUGAAUGAAACUACUCAGACAGCUGCCACUGAAGCUACAUUUGAGAGCACCACUCACAUAACCACCAACAACUCCUCUGGAUGGGCAGCUGACGCACAUCCAUUAGAUAAUCCAUCGAGCAUGGAAAAUAUGAUAAUUGUUACAGUCCAAGUCCCGGCUCUCACUGAAGCCACCACCAGCAAUACCACUGAGAGCACCACUCUAAUAACCACGGAAGUAGCACCUCAGGUACAUCCUUUAGACAAUCCCACCAGCAUUGAAAACAUGGUGGUUGCAACAACCGAAGCCGUAACCACUGAAACCACCACUGAGAGCACCACUGAAGGAGCGCGCGGAGUACACCCGUUGGAUAAUCCAAGCAGUAUUGAAAACAUGCUGGACAGCUUUGAGCGCCAUGAGGAGGAGAAGCCGCUGAUCCAUGUCCUGCCCAGCAACGACACAUCAAAGUCUGACGAGUCGGAGAGUUUGGAUAUCUAUGAUCGAAAGCAUUGGCUGAAGCAGUUCGAGAAGGAUGCAGCACCGAAGCAGGACGAGCUCAUCGAGACAUUCGGAACUGCGCAGGACACUGAGAGCCUGAAGCAGCUGGGGCCCAAAAUAAAUCCCGUCAGUGGCAAGGUGACAAACGCUGCCGAUGCACAGCUCAUCACCAUAUGCGAGCACUUGUCCCGCAAGCUGCAGUUGAAGGCAGCCGCCGAGGCAAAGGAGGCGGACAGCAAUGAGCCGUACACCGCCUCGCCGACCGUGCAGUUCACGAGUCGAGCGCCUGGCGGAUUUCCGGUGUCUGGCGAGACGAUGAAGGCCUCUGCCCAGUUCAUGUUCAAUCCGAGCUUCGGCAUGCCCAGCAUACCCGUCUGCUUCUAUAUGACUCCUGCCAACUUCCGCAUGCCCAUGUGGUCGGCCACGCCCUCGUUUAUGGGCAUGCAGGGCGCCCAGUUUGGCGGCUCAUCGAAUGCCGGUGGCAUCUUCUUUGUGCCGCAGCAGUUCGGGCCGUCGGGCAACUUCUUCGGUGGCAGCGCCGGCACAGCGGGCGGCUCGCAGAACCAGCUGCCCAACAUCUUCUCGAAGAACGCUUCGCCGCAGAAGCAGCCCAACGGGCAGCAGCAGCUCUACUGCACCUACAUGCAGAACCAGCAGGGCCAGGCGGCACAGACGGGCAACAUGACGCCCAACAACCAGGCGGGCUUCUCCAAUGCCAACUUCAAGAUGCGCCAUGCCAACCAGACGGGCGUGGCGCAGCGCAGCCAGAUCAUCUACGCCUCCUAUCUGGGCGUGCCGCAGCAGCCACAGGAGCGCUUCAAGUGCCCCGAGGCGGAGCAGGUGGCCUGCUUUGGCCAGAAGCAAUGCAUUGCCGCUUCGCGCUGGUGCGACAAUGUCGUCGACUGCUCGGACGGCAGCGAUGAGUCGGCCUGCACCUGUGCUGAUCGCUUGGACGAGGAUCGGCUGUGCGAUGGCUACGCGGACUGCCCCAUGGGCGAGGAUGAGCUGGGCUGCUUUGGCUGCGAGCCACUGGCGCACUCCUGCUACGAGAAUGCCGGGGAGUAUGCGCGACACAAUCGCUCCACCUUGUCCAUGUGCUACAGUCGCUACGAGCGCUGCGACGGCGUCUUCAACUGCCUCAACAAACGCGAUGAGCAGCAGUGCAGCCUGCUGGUUAGAGAUGUGGCCAAUCCCAUGUCGCAUUCAGCCACCGCCUCGGAGGGCUUCCUGUAUCGCAAUCAUCAGGGCGAGUGGUAUCCGGUUUGCAAUAAUGGCGACAGAUGGGCCGCCGAUGCCUGUGAAGUGUCGGAGCACGGGGAAGCCACUAAUGUGACCUUCAAGCAGCUGAAGCUGCCGGGCCCAUUCAUUGAGCCAUCGCUGCACGCGGGCAUUCACUUUGCCCAGGCCUGCCAAGGCCGCAAUGACCAGGAGACGCUGCUCGACCACGUUGCCUAUGUCAAGUGUCCGCCCAGGCAGUGCGGCCUGCCCAGCAAGCCGAGCGAGAGCGUGCGCUCCAAGCGCUCUAGGCGGGCGCCCAUUCAGGAUAAAUUGGAAUCGGGCAAGAGUCGCAUCGUGGGCGGCAGCUACGCCGCUCCCUUGGAGUGGCCCUUCGCAGUGGCCAUCUACCGGGAUGGCAAGUUCCACUGUGGCGGCACCAUCUACACCGAGCACUGGAUCAUCAGCGCUGCCCACUGCGUGAUCAAUUUUGGGAAGUACUACUACGAGGUGCGCGCUGGACUCUUGCGCCGCACCAGCUACUCACCCGCUACGCAAAUCCAGCCCGUUUCGCAUGUGGUGGUGCAUCAGGGCUACGAGCGGCGCAGCAUGCGCAACGAUCUCUCCCUGCUGCGCGUGGCAGCACCGCUGCAGUUCAAUCGCUGGGUGAAGCCCAUCUGUCUGCCGGAUGUGGGACGGACGACCUUCGGCGACGACUGGAUCUGGGGACCCGAGGAGCACACGCUCUGCACAGUCGUCGGCUGGGGCGCCAUUCGAGAGAAGGGGCCGAGCAGCGAUGCCAUGCGUCAGGUUGUUGUGCCCAUACGCAAGGGCUGCACGGAUCCCGAAGACCAGGCGUCGGAGGAUGUGUGUGCCGGCGAGCCGGGCGGCGGUCGUGAUGCCUGCCAGGGCGAUUCGGGUGGCCCGCUCUUCUGCCGUAGCGUUACGCAGCCGGAGCAAUGGUAUUUGGCAGGAGUCGUUAGCCACGGCAAUGGCUGUGCCCGGCCCAAGGAGUUUGGCGUCUAUACGCGCGUCGCCCUCUAUCUGGACUGGCUGGAGCUGGCGGUGACACCGCGUCUGCUGCCAGCACGUCAGCCGCUCCAACGCUGUCCGGGCUUCACCUGCGUCUGGGGCGGCAAGCGAUGCAUCGCCCAGCGACGCCGCUGCGACCGCAAUGUGGAUUGUCUGGGCGGCGAGGAUGAGGUGGGCUGCUCCUACAACUUCAUACCGGACAUGGUGGGCGGCACUCGGCUGAAUGUCAGCAGCACCACCGAGAGCGACUAUUAUCCCCAGGAACAAAAGGGGCCACUUGACCAGGAAGUGCAGCAAACUGAGAACAAACUGCGCCAGGAUGUGCCCAUAGACAAUGAUGACUUGUUUGCUGACUUAACAACUGAAAACGAGGAGAGUGAAGCGGGAGCCAUUACGGAGGAGCAGAGCAACACGCCCGCAGCAGCAGAGACCACAACCACAGACAGCUCAGCAACAACAGCAACAACAGCAACGACAGCAACAACAACUUGGCCCACGCCCACAGAGGAUUUGAUGAAGUUGACGGACCUGAUAAGCCAACUGCUUGAAGAGUCAACGACGUCCACCCCCAGUCUGGCCACAGCAACUGCAACAAGUGCAACAAAUGCCACAGACGAAACAAUGGCAACAGUUGCAACAACGGCAGCAACAACAAUUGCUGUUGCAGUUGCAAGCACAACUUUGGGGCCGACUUUUACAGCCAUUGACAGCACAACUAGGCAAAGUGUGCCACAGCCUGCAGCAGCAUCGACAACAACAACAACGACAGUUGCCACAACGUCAACCACACAGGCAACCACAACAAACAACAGCCAGGUUCAAACGGAGAAGCCAUUGGCCAACAAGUUUAUUUGCCAGAAAUUGCCACAAAUCAUUGAUCGGCUGCAUCGCUGCGAUCGCAAGGUGGACUGCGAGGAUGGCACCGAUGAGCUGGACUGCAGCUGCCGGGACUACCUCAAGGGCAGCCUCAACGCGCUCAUCUGCGACGGCAAGGCGGAUUGCGAGGAUUUGACGGAUGAGCAGAAUUGCGGUGGCUGUGGGGCUGAGGAGUAUCACUGUGCGCUGUCAAAGAUCUGCCUGCCGCUGGCCAAGCGCUGCGACAACGUCGUCGACUGCAAGUUUAAUGAGGACGAAAAGGAUUGCUUUGCUCUGACCAAUGGCCAUGACGUGCACUUCGAUGCCCAUCAGAAACCCAAGUUCAGCAACGUUGGCAUCUUCUCCAAGAAUGCGCAUGGACUGUGGCGCGUGGUGUGCGCCCACGAGACGGGCUUCCACGAGCACCAGGCCAAGACGGCGGACACUGUGUGCGCUCUGCUGGGCUUCAGGGGCGCGCACUACUACAACAGCACCGAGUUCGUUAGCCAACGGCAGAUGCAGCCCAUCACGCCAGAGCUGGCCAAAUCCCGGGCUAGCAGCGAUCUGCGAGCGCUAAUGCGGGACAAUGCGCAGCUGUCCAGCAAUGAGCUGGGGCAUUCCCACCACCAGCAGACGCUGCCCGGCCAGCAGCGAGCGCGCGUGCUGCCCAGCAAGUGCCUAGGCAUAUAUGUGGAGUGCAAUGCCCGCUCCAAUGCGACGCUGCCGCUGAAAACCUUUAGCGCUGGCCAGGCGGUGACGCCUCCGCCCGCUGAGCAGCUGCCUGAGCUGCUGCCCUCCAUCCAGACAAACGUGCGGCCAUAUGUGCACUUCAAGCCGCUGCUGCCGCUGCAGGUGGUCAACAAGAAGGAUGAGAUCAUGGAUCACCUGGAAGCGUUGAUCAAGAGCAAGAACAACAAGACGCUGCUGGUGCAGGAGCAGCUGCACGAGGCCAUCGAAGAGCUGCAUUGGCCCUGGCUGGCGGAUGUCUAUGUGGACGGCGAGCUGUGGUGCUUGGGCGUUCUGCUGGACAAGCACUGGCUGCUGGUGCACGAGACCUGCCUCGCCGGCUUAAGCUUUGAUACACACUACAUCAGCGUCCUGCUGGGCGGCGGUAAGACGAAGCGCUCUCUGCACCGCAGCAACCAUGAGCAAAUACGUCGCGUGGAUUGCUUUGAGACAGUGCCUCGCUCCAAUGUGCUGCUCUAUCACCUGGAGCAGCCGGCGAGAUUCACGCACUUUGUGCUGCCCACGUUUCUGCCAGAGAUCUCUGCUGAAGACGAAGUCGCUCCGCACGAAUGCAUCAGCGUGCUGCACGAUGAUCGCACGGGGCGCAUUAAGACCGUGGCCAUUGCUUCCAUCACGAACGACAGCAGCUGCAGCUCCUGCUACCAGCUGCAAGAGCGCAAGCCCUCGAGCAACCUGAUGCGCAUGCUGAAUCUGAGUGCCGAGGACAUGGCCUCCAUAUCGGAAGAGGUGGAGCUGGUGAGCGGCGUGGCAGGUGCCAAGUCGAUGCCCGCCCUGACCACAUUCACCAGCUGCACGCAGUUUGGCCAGCGGAACACAACGAAUCUGCAGAGCCAGCCCACAGAUCAGGGCGUGCUGGUGUGCAGGGAUGCGCACACUGGCUGGUAUCCUGCGGCGAUCUUCAACUACAACAACACCAACUGCCGCAGCUUCAGGUCGCCCUUUGCCAUUAGGAAACUCAACGAGGCCUACAAAAUGCUGCAGCAUGUCAUAGAUCAUCCGCAUUGCAGCAAUGUUCUGGCAACGCCCCCCUGCGCCACCCAUCGCUGUCCUCUGGGCGCCUGCCUGCCGCAGUCGGCGCUCUGCAAUGGCCGCAACGACUGCCACGAUGGCAGCGACGAGGAUGAGGCCAAGUGCCGCGAGCUCAAGCAGCGCUGCGGCCCUGGCGAAAUGAAGUGCCGCUCGAGUGCCAAGUGCGUGCCGAAGAGCAAGUUCUGUGACCAUGUGCCCGACUGCGAGGACAUGACGGAUGAGCCCACCAUAUGCAGCUGCUUCACCUAUCUACAAGCCACGGAUCCCUCUAAAAUAUGCGACGGCAAGCGCAACUGCUGGGACAAGAGCGAUGAGAGCUCGGUGCUCUGCAACUGCACUGCGGAUCACUUCCAAUGCACUUCCUCGGAUGAUUGCAUUCCACGCGACUUUGUCUGCGACAAGCAGCCCGACUGCCCGGAUGGCGAGGAUGAGCUUUUCUGCUUUGGCCUGGAGCAUCCGCUGCUGGACCAGCAUGAGGAUUACUGGGCGCAAACGGAGCACGGCUACCAGAAGCCGAGCAUGCAGUACGGCCAGGUAAUUGAGCAGUCCUACGGCAUUUGGCACACCAAAUGCUUUCCCAAGAGCAAGCCGCCGGGCAUAAACGAGGUGCGUGAGAUAUGCAAGAAGCUGGGCUACAAUCCCGAUCGGCUGCCCAGCUAUCGCCUCCUGGACGACGCCAGCAAUAAGCCGCAGCACACCUUCGAGGUGCCCGAUAGGCGCGGACGCAUCUUCUCCAGCGAGACGGUGGUGGGCAAGUACCGCGACUCCACCAAGGCGGUCAUCAUCAGCAAAUUCUCGCCGCUGCAGCUGAACGAACAGUUGACGCUCUUCCUCAAGCCCAGUCGAGCCAUUGCGGAGCUGGUACGAUGGAAUGCCACGGACUCGAAUAGCUGUUACAGGCUGGAAAUACGUUGCGUCUGAAUAUUGAAUAACCCCAUAAUAUAUAAUAAUCCCAUAAUAUCCCCAUCUCCUCGUUGUACUUUGUACGUUUUAGUAGCAAAUAAAACGAGUUUUUAGCUAAAUA